AUGGCAGAGGUUCUGUCCAGGUCGCGAGACGACCAAUCCCAGUCCUACUUCGCCCAACCCAACUCGACUUCUUCCUCGCUCAAGCGCUCCCACCCCUCGAGAUCUUCGCUGCUGGUCGGCUCGCCGCCUUCGACUUCGCACCGCACCACUUCCGAGCCUUCCUUGGAAAACAUUGGCUCUCUCAAACGCUCCUUAGCUUCUUCCGGCUCACUCGCUGCCUCUCGCCAAUCCUACUCCAACUUCAAUCAGUCUCAAACAUCCACCGCUUUCAUCCCUGACCACCAACCGAAGCUCUCGUUUGAGCUCGGCCAUCAGCCAGAUCAUGGUCUAGCCUUCCCCGCCUAUGACGAGGUUCAAUUCUUCCACGAGGACGAGCCGCUAGAUCUUCCUCCCAGCCCUCGGCCUGAAGAUGAAACGUCUGAUGCUGAUUCUAAUGAUGGUCGAGGCGACCGAGACGACGAAGAUGAUGCUGGUAGCACUACCGAUACUACCCGCUCCGACUCGCCUUUACCCACACCCACCGUCGCUGACGACACAGCUAUCAAGCACGAGCCAUCAAGGCACGUCGACUAUCUGUCUCAUGACUGGCGGGAGGAAGAUAUCUGGUCUUCCUGGAGGCACAUUGUGUCACAACGAAAGGUAUAUGGCCAGAGGUCACGCCUGGAAAAUGCGUCAUGGAGAACGUGGGCUAAAUCCAAAUAUCACCUCCCAACCGUGUCACCAGAAACGCUUAAUUGGCUGAAAGAGAGUGAUGUGACCUGGCUCUAUGGGCCUUUACAGCCUGCCUCGACGCACCCAGUAACCCAAUAUUCGCCCGACCCUAGUCCACAUUUCUCCAGCUCCAAUUCCUUCGUUAACAAGAAACCUAUCCUCAAGAAGCGAAGCAUGUCUGAGGUAAUGCUUCAACGCUCCUUAUCAACCUCAUCGCUCGUAAAGCAGGCUGCCGCUGCCGUACAGGCCCAGCAAACGCUGCCACCAUCUAAACGACCUACGCUCGGUCGUUCGUCUGCCUACAUACCCUCCGACAGUCUGAUGGUGCCCGGUGGUAGAGACCAGCUCGACUUUUUAGACUUGGGCUGUUUCUCCCCGCGUCCUUCAUCAGGAGACCGUUCACCAUUCGAGUACCCCAAACGUCACAUUCGCUUUGAUGAAAAGGUUGAGCAAUGUAUCGCCGUGGAAGGCAAAGAUGGCGACGAAGAUGAAAGUUCUGAAGAUGAGCGAGCGAAUAACGAUUCCGACUCUGAUUCAUCUGAUGACGGUAUCGUCAUGAUGAGACGUCCUAAAAGGAAACGAGCAGUUCGCAAACCACUAUCCAGAAGCACUUCCUCUAGCAGGACGAUUGAGAAGCUUCCGUCUACUACAUUGAAGAACAAAACGGAAAUCAACGAGCCUUUUUCCCAGCCAAGUCCUUCUUUGGCACGCUCAUGGAGUUCGAGUAAACUGCCGCAAUCAGCUUCUCAGGAAACUUUGAAGCCAUCUAUCCCCUCGAAAAACCAUAUCCUGCCCCCUGACGACGAGGAAAGCGAGGAUUUGGACUCGGACGAUACAGAAUCACUUAGAUUGAGUGCAUUUGCGAAUCGAAGAGACAGCGUGGCCGUGCAUAGAUCACGGACGUCGGGUUCACCAGCCACUACACCAUCCGAAGAUGAGGAUGGACAAGAGGGCUCUGGAAUGCGCCGUAGCGGUUCGGGGAUGUUCAUGCCUUACGAGGAAGACGAAGAUGACAUCGUCGCCGCCGGCCUUUUCGGCAAGGUGAGUGACACUUUAAAUACCGCGAAAGACAUUGCCCAUGUAAUAUGGAACGUCGGCUGGAGAAAAUGA